AUGUGUACCAGUCUGGUGUUUAACCCUUACCCCAGUCUGGUGUUCAACCCUUACCCCAGUCUGGUGUUCAAACCUUACCCCAGUCUGGUGUUUAACCCUUACCCCAGUCUGGUGUUCCACCCUUACCCCAGUCUGGUGUUCCACCCUUACCCCAGUCUGGUGUUCCACCCUUACCCCAGUCUGGUGUUCCACCCUUACCCCAGUCUGGUGUUUAACCCUUACCCCAGUCUGGUGUUUAACCCUUACCCCAGUCUGGUGUUUAACCCUUACUCCAGUCUGGUGUUCCACCCUUACCCCAGUCUGGUGUUCCACCCUUACCCCAGUCUGGUGUUCAAACCUUACUCCAGUCUGUAUGGUGUUCAAACCUUACCCCAGUCUGGUGUUCAACCUUACCCCAGUCUGGUGUUCAAACCUUACACCAGUCUGGUGUUCAACCCUUACUCCAGUCUGGUGUUCCAACCUUACCCCCGUCUGGUGUUUAAUCCUUACUCCAGUCUGGUGUUCAACCCUUACCCAAGUCUGGUGGUGUUCCAGCCUUACCCCAGUCUGGUGGUGUUCCAUCCUUACUCCAGUCUGGUGUUUAACCCUUACCCCAGUCUGGUGUUUAACCCUUACUCCAGUCUGGUGUUCCACCCUUACCCCAGUCUGGUGUUCAAACCUUACCCCAGUCUGGUGUUACACCCUUACCCCAGUCUAAUGUUCAUUCAUUACCCCAGUCUGGUGUUCCACCCUUACCCCAGUCUGGUGUUCCAUCCUUACCCCAGUCUGGUGUUACACCCUUACCCCAGUCUAAUGUUCAUUCAUUACCCCAGUCUGGUGUUCCACCCUUACCCCAGUCUGGUGUUCCAUCCUUACCCCUGUCUGGUGUUUAACCCUUAUCCCUGUCUGGUGUUCCACCCUUACCCCAGUCUAGGGCCCUAA